AUGAAUGGGGAUACUGACAUGAUUCCAGUUGUCCAUGAAUUUCUAGAUGUCUUUCCAGAAGAAUUACCAGGGCAGUUAAUAGACUGUGAAAUUGAGUUUACAAUUGAAGUAGCGCCGGGAACUCAACCCAUUUUUAAGACUCCGUGUAGAAUGUCACCAGCUGAAAUGAAGGAAUUAAAGGUUCAGUUGCAAGAUUUACUUGAUAAGGGGUUCAUCCGCCCGAGUGUGUCUCCUUGGGGUGCACCAGUUCAUGAUGCUUCUCAUAAAGGACUUGGUUGUGUGUUUAUGCAAAACGGAAAGGUUAUUGCUUAUGCCUCUCGACAGCUUAAACCCGAUGAGAAGAAUUAUCCCACGCAUGAUCUUGAGCUAGCAGUAGUAGUUUUUUCUUUGAAGAUAUGGAGACACUAUCUGUAUGGCACUACUUGCGAAGUCUACACCGACCAUAAAAGUCUCAAAUACCUUUUCACCCAAAAGGAGUUGAAUAUGCGACAGCGACAGUGGUUGGAACUUAUCAAAGACUAUGAUUUGCAGAUCCAUUACCAUCCUGGUAAAGCCAACAUGGUUGUAGACGCGCAUAGUCGAAAGAAUGUGGGAAAUUUGGAAAAUUUGUUUACGGAGCAAAAGGAGUUAGUGAUUGAAUUGGAUAAAAUGAAGGAAGAUUUUGUGGUGCAUGAACAGGAGGCCAUAGUGGCAGCAGUGAUGGCCCAGCCGACCUUACUCGAAGAGAUCAAACUACGUCAAAUGGAAGAUGACACUCUAAGGAAGAUAUGGUUACCACGGACUCCUCGGGGUAUGAAUUCUGUAUGGGUCAUUGUAGACCGGUUAACCAAGUCCGCCCAUUUCCUACCUGUGAAGAUUCAGUACAAUGCGGAUAAACUUGCGGUAAUUUAUGUGAACGAAAUAGUGAGACUUCACGGUGUUCCAGUUUCAAUAGUAUCAGAUAGAGAUCCAAAGUUUGUAUCUAGAUUCUGGCAGAGUCUGCAGGAAGUGAUGGGUACAGAAUUAAAGUUCAGCACAACUUUCCACCCUCAGACUGGCGGUCAAUCUGAGAGAACAAUACAGACUCUAGAGGAUAUGCUCCGAAUGAAUGAUUAA